AGAAAUUGCUCGUGUAGAUUUUUGGGUCAGGAUUCUCCGUACCAACUAACGCCUGACUGACUUCCAUGCAAGCGUCUAAUCCUAGUCCCUACCUACGCUUAUUACCCCAAUCUCUCAAAUGUCAUGGCUCAUUGCAUAGGUACAAAAGCUUUGGAAAUCCCUCCAUUUUACUUCUUCUUUUUCCCCAGCCUCUUCACUUUGGUAGCGUUUCUUAAUACUCUUUAUAUCGGCCUUUCAACCUUGAGUAUUCAAUCUUGAGAGUGAUCUCUUUACCCGAUAUCUCUUUCCUCUCUUCCUCUCUUCCUCUCCUACCCUCUCAUACCCCUAAGCCAACCGCAGCAAUGGCAGGUGGAUUGGCUCCAGCUUCAGAUGUGGGCCGCAUCGAGGCUCCCGUCACUGCAAAGGCAUACAUGAUGUGUGCUUUUGCUUCGUUCGGUGGUAUCUUCUUUGGUUAUGAUUCUGGAUAUAUCUCUGGUGUCAUGGGAAUGAACUAUUUCAUCCAUCUAUAUGUACGUCAUAUCUCAUGAUUCAUCAUCCCACAAACAUUGACUAACAUCCUAAUUUCUAGACUGGCAAAGAAAUUCCUGGUCCUGGUGCACCCAAAGCCGUGACUGAUGCUUUUGUUCUUCCCGCUUCGGAUAAAUCUUUAAUCACUUCGAUUCUCUCCGCCGGUACAUUCUUCGGUGCCAUCAUUGCUGGUGAUCUCGCCGAUUGGAUCGGUCGUCGUACUACCGUCAUUAUCGGUUGUUUCAUCUUCAUCGUCGGUGUCAUCUUACAAACUGCAUCUACUGGUCUGGGACUCCUCGUAGCUGGUCGUCUGGUCGCAGGUUUCGGUGUCGGUUUCGUCUCGGCCACCAUCAUUCUUUACAUGUCGGAAAUUUGCCCCAAGAAGGUUCGUGGUGCUUUGGUAUCGGGUUACCAGUUUUGCAUUACCAUUGGUCUUCUUCUCGCUUCUUGCGUCGACUAUGGUACUCAAAAUCGUAUGGAUACUGGUUCCUACAGAAUUCCAAUCGGUCUUCAAAUCGCGUGGGCUCUCAUCUUAGCUCUUGGUCUCUUCCUCCUCCCUGAAUCUCCAAGAUACUAUGUUAAGAAGGGUAACCUUGAUCGUGCCGCUGCCAACCUUGCUCGUCUCAGAGGUCAACCAGAAGGAAGUGAAUACAUCCAACAAGAACUUACCGAGAUCAUCGCCAACCAUGAAUACGAAAUGUCCGUCAUUCCUCAAACCGGUUACUUCGGCUCAUGGAUGAACUGCUUCAAGGGAGGACUCAGCAACCCAGGUUCCAACCUCCGCAGAACCAUCCUCGGUACUUCUCUUCAAAUGAUGCAACAGUGGACCGGUGUCAACUUCAUCUUCUACUUCGGUACCACCUUCUUCCAAGCUCUCGGUACCAUCUCCAACCCUUUCCUCAUCGGUUUGAUCACCACCCUCGUCAACGUUUGCUCCACCCCCAUCUCCUUCUACACCGUCGAACGUUUCGGUCGUCGUACAAUCCUCAUCUGGGGUGCCCUCGGUAUGUUAGUAUGUGAAUUCAUCGUCGCAAUCAUCGGAGUUACCGCCGGUCGUGCCUCGCAAAACAACACCUCCGCCGUCUCAGCCAUGAUCGCAUUCAUCUGUAUCUACAUUGCCUUCUUCGCCUCCACCUGGGGUCCCGGAGCCUGGGUAGUCAUCGGUGAAGUCUUCCCUCUUCCUAUCCGCUCCCGCGGAGUCGGACUCUCCACCGCCUCCAACUGGCUCUGGAACUGCAUCAUCGCCGUCAUCACUCCCUACCUCGUCGGUACCGAAAAAGGCCAAGCAAACCUCGGCGCCAAAGUUUUCUUCAUGUGGGGUUCCCUCUGCACAUGUUGUUUCGUCUAUGCCUAUUUCCUCGUUCCCGAAACAAAGGGUCUCUCCCUUGAACAAGUCGAUCGCAUGUUGGAAGAAACUACUCCCCGUACAUCUGCCAAAUGGGUUCCUCACUCCACUUUUGCUGAUGAGAUGGGUAUGACUGAGAAGUCUGGUGUAGAACAUGUUCAUGCUGAGGGGGGUCAGAAAGUUGAAGUUUAAAUCAUUUGAUUGACUGAUCCAAUGAUGGUGCUUGUAAUAUUCAAUUCGAUUUGAUUCCACAGCACGAGUAGUAAUUGAUAAAGCGGAAGCUCUAUUUUCUUUUCUUCUUCUUCUUCUUGCUUUCAGGUUACAUUUCAAUACCUACCUACCUACCUACAUAGUAAUCAUGGUGUUCGUUUUGUUUUUGAUGGGUGGGGGGCCAAUGGUUUGGCCGGCCGGUCGGCUGGGGUUUUAUUAAAACUUAUGAUGUAUGCAUGGAUGGAUGGAUGAGUGGGCUAGCUUAGCUAGUUUUAUGAGACAUGGUUAUGGAUAUGGAUAUGGAUAUGGAUAUGGCUUUGUAGAUACAGAUACAUACCUAUCUAUGCAUUGCAUGAUAUACAAAAAUAUAAUAUAUUUAUGAUUCUUCAUUAUAAU